AUGGGCAUAUCGACAGCACUGUUGCCGUUCUCACAAAAUUUGUCACAUUUUUAUUCAUGCGUUUUCGGGUACGGCUUGGGCUCCGGGGUCUGGUUUAGCGCGUAUAAUGUAUGGGUGAUCGAGAUAUGGCAGCAAAACUCGGCUCCUAUACUACAGUUGUCUCAAUUCAUGUACGGCAUCGGCACCAUAUUUGGGCCCUUGAUAGACAGGCCAUACCUCACCGGGGAACUCAUACAUAGUCUUAAUAACGGUGCCAUUAAUACGAUGGGUAAUACCACUGAAGACCAGUCUCUGGAAGCGAUGCUCGCGGAAGACAAUGUCAUACGACGUGAUAAACUUCAUACACCUUUCCUGAUCAUCGGGGCCCUGGAAUGCAUCGGUCCAAUACUACUACUCGUAAUGUAUUUAAUCAAACCAUACAAUAGUGAGACACCAGUGCCGCCCCCGACAGCACCGGCAGAAUCGGCCGAUAAGACUAAACCAACUGUCAGUCACCAGAAGAUAAUGAUAUUCAAGAGCACCAAAAUCAGACACAGCCUACUGGUGCCCCUAUUGUCCAACUUUGUGGCCAUAGUGUUCGUGUCGGACAACAUUUACCUCAAAUUCAGUGCCACUUAUUUCCAAUACAUUCCUCUGCAGCUGAACGCCUCAGAGUCGGCUGGACUGGUCGUCCAAAUGGCUAUCAUCUACACCAUAGGCCGGGCCCUCACAGUCCUCAUAUCCUUGAGGCUCAACCCGCAGACUAUUAUCUCGUAUCACAUGAUUGUAUUGAUGGUCUCGUUGUCCAUACUGUCCGUCGGACACGACUCGUACCUCACCCUACAGUUGGGUAGUCUUAUGAUGAGCUUCGGCUUCUCAGCCCUAUUGCCCGCUAUAUUUGCGUUUGUGGGACAGUAUGUCGAAGUGACCAACAAGUUGGGGACAGUUAUGAUAUUCAAUUGCGGUCUAUUAAACGCAUUCAUACCAUUCAUAUUGGGCUCCUAUGUCGAGACCUAUCCUAAUAUAUUCCUAUCGAUUAUAUUAAUUAACUUUUUGGUGGCUUUUGUUAUACUAUUGACUAUUACUCUACUCACAAAUAAGACGGAAAAUAUGAAUAUCAUUGGGUCUUAG